UGUUCUGAAUGCGCUGUUGGGAGCAGGACCUACCUCCUAUCAGACAUUUUACUUUUCUGCAGAUUCCUUAGUAGCUUCUUUGCUUUGGAUCAUUCUUCACCUCCAGUUUCACAAGCAGAUUGCUCAAUAAUCAUUUAUAAUUCCUUCCAGCCAGGAUUUAAAUUAAUUGUAUAUUGUUCCAUAAACAGAUUCUACUAUUUCUGACCCCUGCCUUGUAGCUACAGUGGACAAGACGGAGGAGGCAUGCAUCGAGGAUCUGAGGAGCGAGAGAUCCCUAUACUGGAUCAGGAGUGGGACAUGGAGUCCCAGCAGUGGACACCUUUCCAGCCCUCUACUGUUCCUCAGCAAACUUCUGCUAAAGAGACAAAGCCAGACUCUGCAGAGAUUUCGCUUUGGACUGUUCUAGCUGCAAUUCAAGCAGUGGAAAAGAAGGUUGAUUCUCAUGCCACGCGGUUACUGAAUCUGGAGCGUAGAACAGUGACAACAGAAAAGAAAUACUUUGACUGCGAGAAAACAGUAGUGGAUUUUGGGAACCAAAUGGAGAGUAAAUGGGCUGCGCUGGGAACUCUGAUCCAGGAGUACGGGCUGCUGCAGAGGAGGCUGGAGAACGUGGAGAACCUGCUGAAGAACAGGAACUUCUGGAUCCUGAGGCUCCCCCCAGGCACCAAGGGGGAAAUCCCCAAGGUCCCGGUGGCAUUUGAAAAUGACUCAGUUUACUUCUCUGAGCAAGAAUGGCAGAACUUAGAUGAGUGGCAGAAAGAGCUUUACAAGAACGUGAUGAAGGGGAACUAUGAGUCUCUGAUCUCGCUGGACUAUGCACUCUCCAAACCUGACCUUCUGGCGCGGAUUGAACGAGGGGAAGCGCCCUGCGAGGGGGAGGAGGGAGACGUAGAGGAGAGAGAAAUCCCUGCAGAGCCCAGCACAGACUCACUGGUGUAUACACCUGAGGCGACCUGCCAGAGUGAAGGCGAGGAAGAGCCGUGCAUCAAGGGACAGGAGAACUCGGAGGAAAGAGAGAUCCCAGCUGAACCUCCAGUCGAGUGCACGUUUUCCCAGCCAAGCUGUGUGUCCCGGGUAAAGCGAGAGGAGGAGCUGUGUGUCGAGGAGCAGGGGCCCUUGGAGGAAGUGGAAAUAUUCUCAGAGCCCAGCACUGCAGAUAAUGGAAUCAUGUUCCAAACUGAGCUGCUGGAGCAUGGGGAACAUCUCAAACGCUUGCAGCUGCGAAGGACAUUCUCUGGACUGUCCGAAGAAACUGUGUUCCGGACUCCCAGGGAAGGAAGGUCUUUGGAUAGUCCAGACAGCUCAAUAAUACAGCCAAGGAACCAUGUCAAGGACAGGCUGGUAGAGUCAGUGCCUGGAGAAGAAAGCUUCAGGGAAAGCAAUGCUGUGACUUUUUACCGGCGAAGCUGCCCAGGUGAGAGACCACACAUGUGUGCUGAGUGUGGGAAAGGCUUUCGGCUGAAGGAGAGCCUCACAAUGCACCAGAGAAGUCACACGAAGCUGGGAUGCUACGAACCUGCAGCGUGUGAAAAAAGCUUUGUGUACAAGCAGCACUUGACAAUGCAUCAGAGAAUCCACACCGGAGGGGCCACUUACAGCUCUGUGGAGUGUGAGGAAAGCUUCAAACAGAAUCACCACCUGAAAUCCCACCCCAGAAUCCAGGCAGCGGACAAGUCAUUCAGUGCCACUAAAUGCACAAAAAGCUUCAGCGUCAAAUCACCUUACAGGCAGCACCAGAAAAGCCACGUGCGAGAGAGACCCUAUAAGUGUAAUAAGUGCCAGGAGUGCUUCUCUCAGAAGAAAAGCCUCAUCAUGCAUCAGAGAACGCACACGGGAAGGAGUGGAGGGUCGUUAAUGUGCACGUACUGCGGGAAGAACUUCACUCACCCCUCGGAUCUGGUUAGACACCAGAGGAUCCACACGGGGGAGAGACCCUACCAAUGCACUGAGUGCACAAAAAGCUUUACGCAAAAGCAGCAUCUGCUCCAACACCAAAAAAUCCACACCCGCGAGAGGAACCGUCUAAAUGUGCAGAACAUGAGAGAGGCUUUGCUAGAUAACAUCUUCUUCUAGUCACGCAGGGCCGACUCAGUGCGAGGGCCCUGUACUUUUACCAUGUACUCGGUGCUGCAGACACUCAAAAGAAACAGUUUAUCGCCAAAGGAUGCACACUGUAGGGUAGGGGCCACACAAUCUUCUUGCUGGAGUGGUGGUAUGUUGCAAUAUCUCGUAGCUCACUUGAAAAUACUUUUAAUGUGAAAUGCUCCAAGUUUUAAAACAAGUGAAUUGAAUCACUUGAUUGAAGUGAUAACGAAAUAUGUUUCUUGGGAAUGUCUAUUUAUCUGGAAUUGGCAAUAUGCAAGCUACUCCCCUCGAUGAUAUCCUGUGUGACAAAGUUCCUCUUUGUCCUGCGCUUAUUGGCAGAUUUGCUCACCUCAGUGAUCUUCCCCACAGUCUGGAUCAACUCCUCCUGUGUCUGAUCAGGAGUGGGGAGGUUUGGGGGGAAUCCGGGCCCACCCUCUACUCCGGGUUCCCGCCCAGGGCCUUGUGGAUUGCAGCUGUUUAUAGUGCCUCCUGUAACAGCUGCAUGACAGCUACAAGUCCCUGGGCUACUUCCCCAUGGCCUCCUCCAAACACCUUCUUUAUCCUCACCACAGGACCUUCCUCCUGGUGUCUGAUAAUGCUUGUACUCCUUAGUCCUUCAGCAGCACAGCCUCUCACUCUCAGCUCCUUGUGCCUCUUGCUCCCAGCUCCUCACACGCACUUCCUCUCCUCUGACUCCCCCCUCCCUGACUGGAGUGAGCUUCUUUUUAAACCCAGGUGCCCUAAUUAGCCUGCCUUGAUUGGCUGCAGGUGUUCUAAUCAGCCUGUCUGCCUUAAUUGGUUCUA